UUUCCUUGACGUUCCCUCGAGGUCUGCUGCGAUUGGUGGAAUUUUGGCGGGAGGAGCGAGUUUGAAGUAAAGCGCUCACUUUCUGCGUCUGCGUUUGUUUGCUCGGUGGGCCGCUGGCGUUCGCUCUGCCGAGAGGCUAAGGGGGUUCUGUGUGGGGAGUUUGUAAGGCUCUCACCAUGACGUUUCACUUUCACAUCCCUCUGGCCUUCAGGGAUCUCCUUAAGAGCGGGGGCAUUGGGCAGUAUGUGGUACAAGAAGUCCUGCCAGUGCGGCAGCUGGAUGCUCAGUUUGACGCCUUCCAGUCCUCCUUCCGCACAGAAGGUCCCCUUUGCAUCCUACAGCACUUUGAUACUCUGUAUAGCAUACUGCACCAUUUCCGGUCGCUGGACACUGCAAUUAAAGAGCGUGUUCUUGAGCUGAUGGUCAAAGUGGCAUCGCGGCAUGCAAGUGAACUUCCUGCGAUACUGGAGGAUCUUAAUCUGUCAGCACCUCAGCGCGCUGCCCAUCUUAAUGCACUAAAGAUGAACUGCUUCAUCCUCACACAGCUAGUGGAAGCCUUUGAGGCAGAAACAUACAAGGCCUCGCUGGGAAAUGUAGAGCCAAGUGGCAAGGGGAAGAAGGCUAAAUCCAAAUCAGAAGGCUUCUCUUGGGAGGCUGAACGAGAGAGCAUUUUGCAAGCACUCACACACCUUUUGCAGCUUGAGAUUCGACGUCUCUGGAGCAUGUCUGUCGUGGAGGAAGAGUUUGUCAGCAUGGUGACUGGUUGUUGCUAUAAGAUGAUGGAGAAUCCAAACAUAGUAGCGGCAAAGAACAAGAGUACGCGGGAAGCCUUGGGUCAUCUCCUUGGUGUUACUGUGAAACGAUAUAACCACAUGCUAAGUGCCAGCGUGAAAGUAAUCCAGCUUUUGCAGCAUUUUGAACACCUGCCUUCAGUUCUGGUUCAUGCUGUCAGUCUGUGGGCCACAGAGUACGGCAUGAAACCUGUCAUUGGUGAGAUCAUGAGGGAAAUUGGGCAGAAAUGCUCACAGGAUCUCUCCCGAGAAUCUUCUGGCUUCAAGGCCUUCGCUACCUUUUUAACAGAGUUGGCUGAACGAAUCCCAGCAAUCAUGAUGCCCAGUAUCAGUGUCCUGCUGGAUUACUUGGAUGGGGAGAACUACAUGAUGAGGAAUGCAGUGCUAACCGUAAUGGGAGAGAUGGUGUUACGGGUACUGAGUGGGGAUCAGUUGGAGGAAGCAGAAAAGAGCACGCGAGAUCAGUUUCUGGAUACCCUGCAGGAACAUAUACACGACGUGAACACUUAUGUGCGCUGCUGCGUCCUUCAGAUUUACAACCGCGUUGUGCAGGAAAAGGCUCUUCCACUGACUCGCUUCCAGUCUGUAGUCACCCUGGUUGUUGGGCGUUUGUUUGACAAGUCUGUAAACGUUUGCAAGAAUGCCAUCCAGCUCCUGGCAUCUUUCCUGGCAAACAAUCCUUUUACAUGCAAGCUGAGCAGCAUUGACCUGAAGGAACCCCUAGAGAAAGAAACCAAGAAACUGAAAGAGAUGAGGGAAAAAUACCAAGGUCCUAAACCAGCUGUGGUCAUUUCCCCAGAAGAAGAAUGGGAAGCCAUGUUGCCUGAGGUGCAGGAAGCUUUUAACGUUGUGCAGCAGGAAAGUAAAGAAGAGGCUGAUGAUGAUGCCCAAGAUGAGGUGGAAUCUUCUCAACAGCUGCGUGAGCAAAUCCUGCUCUUGCUUCGUAAAACAAGCUACAAAAAUGCCAUCCGUCUGGCACAGGAAGGAAUAGAGCGCUUCCAAGAGGAUCCUCUCUUCUCUGAAGGGGAGUCAGAGGAGGAAUCUGUGCUUGCCAUUUUGGAAAAGAUAUUCACAGGAAAGGAGGCAGGCUCUGAACAACCAGCAACCACAGAUCAAGAUGAUGCUCCUGUCAAACCUACCUCUGAUGAAGAGCAGCCCUCAGCGGAAGUGCAACAGUCCGACCUGGGCAAGCAAGAGAUGUUGGUUCAGUACCUGUCGGAUGCCCACCAUUUUGCUGUGAAAAUAGAAGAAGCGAUUGAUGUCAUUAGUAAAAUGAUGUAUGAAACUGCUGUGUCAGUGGUGCAGGAAGUCAUUGAGUUCUUUGUGACCGUGUCCCAGUUUGGAGUCUCCCAAGCUCUGCUUGGCGUACGUCGCAUGCUACCCCUGGUCUGGUCCAAAGAGCCAGGAGUUCGCGAGGCUGUACUUAGUGCCUAUCGACGAUUGUACCUCACCUCGAAUGGGGAGUCGGAGAGGGUUAAAGCUCAGGCCUUGGUUCGGAAUCUCUCUCUGCUCAUGGUAGAUUCCUCCGCAGGAAUAUUGCAGUGCCUGGAGGAAAUUGUCUCAGAAUUUAUACAGAAAGGAGAUAUACACCCUACUGUAAUACAGUUACUUUGGGAAAAGUUUACCCAGAAGUCUCCUUCCUCUGCCUUGGAGCGAAGGGCAGCAAUUAUGCUGCUGGGCAUGAUGACAAAGGGGCAACCAGAGAUUGUAAUGAGCAACCUGGACACUCUGGUGACUGUGGGACUUGGGGAACAAGUGCAGGAGGAUUAUCAGUUGGCUCAGGAAGUGUGUAACUGCAUUCUAAAGAUCACAGACAGCCAAAAGCCAUCUCUGGGCAAGAGCACCGAGCCUUUCCGGCUCCCAAAAGAUCACUCUCUAUUUGUGCAUCUGACAGAGGCUGUUGCCGGAGGAAUAGGCCUGUCAGGGCUGCACUGGCUUCCCUUCAAAGAGACAGCAGUGAGGUUGGUGUAUGAGCUUGGAGAGGAACCAGAGGAAAUCUGUUCAGAGAUUCUGCUGCGCUGCAGCCACAAAGUCCUGGAUGGGCACCAAACGCAGGAUGAAGCUCCCACCUUGCCUGCCUACCUCCUCACACACUUGUUGUCCCUGGCUGGAGAUGUGGCGUUACAACAAGUGGUCCAUUUGGAACGGGCAGUCAGCUCUGAGCUCAGACGGAGGAGAGUCUUAAAAGAGGAGCAAGAGGCUGAGAAAGUGGGCAAGCAAAGGAAGAGCAAGGCAAAUGAGAGCACAAUGGAGGAAGAGCUGGGGCUUGUUGGGGCUUCUGCAGAUGAUAUUGAAGCUGAACUGAUAAGGAAGAUUUGUGACACAGAGCUGCUUGGGGAACAGCAGUACCUGUCUGCCUUCCUGCCUCUGAUCCUGAGGAUCUGUAACAACCCUGGGAGAUACAAUGAUCCUGACCUCUGUACUGUAGCUACCCUCGCCCUUGCCAAAUUCAUGAUGAUCAGCUCCGAUUUUUGUGACACUCACUUGCGGCUGCUCUUUACUCUACUGGAGAAAUCGCCUCUUCCGAGCGUUCGAUCCAACAUCAUGAUUGCUCUGGGGGAUCUCAGUAUACGAUUCCCCAAUCUCAUAGAACCAUGGACCCCAAAUUUGUAUGCCAGACUGAGGGAUCCAUCCCGUGAAGUGCGGAAGACGGCUGGUCUGGUAAUGACCCAUCUCAUUCUCAAGGACAUGGUGAAGGUGAAAGGGCAAGUCAGUGAAAUGGCUGUGCUGCUCAUUGAGUCGGACCAAGAAAUCGCUGCACUGGCCAGAAAUUUCUUCAAUGAAUUGUCCAACAAGGGAAAUGCUGUGUAUAACCUUUUGCCAGACAUAAUAAGCCGACUCUCUGACCCAGACUGUGGCGUUGAGGAAGAAGCUUUCCAGACCAUUAUGAAGCAGCUCCUCUCUUACAUCACCAAGGACAAGCAAACGGAAAGCCUUGUUGAGAAAAUGUGCCACCGAUUCCGCACCGCCAGGACCGAGCGGCAAUGGCGGGACCUGGCGCACUGUCUGGCCCUCCUGCCUUUCUCAGAGAAGGGCCUGCGUAAGAUGCAAGAUUGCUUUGAUUGUUAUGGGGACAAACUGAGUGACGAUGCCGUGUACAACUCCUUCCUAAGCACCGUGGCAAAGAUGCGCAGAGGGGCCAAGCCGGAGCUUAAGGCUCUGAUUGAUGAGUUUGAACAGAAACUGAACAGGUGCCACAAUAAGGGCCUGGAGAACAUGGGCGUCCCUGAAGAGCCAAAUCCAGAAUGUGAUCAGCAGCCCCCAAAAUCCAAGCGGCCCCCCCUCACUUGUAUGAACAGUGUGAAAAAAGGAAAACCUGAAAAUGAAUUCCAGACUCCCAAACCCCAAGCAUCUCGGAAAAGUCGCCGAAAGGUGGCUGUGACUUUCUCAAGUGACGAGGAAUCCGAUCUGGAGGCUGAGCUGAGUGAAGCAGAGACGCCCAAGAAUCCAACGCCCAUCAGACGCACUUGUACCCGAACCCGCGCUAAAUGAUCAUGUGGGGAAACCACACCGAGCAACUUCUAUUUCUGUCUCUAAAGAGUUUGUGGAACUUUUUUUUAAAUGUUUGUGACCCACCUGGUGGCUGUUUUUAGCUUUUAUGUAAAUCACAAAGUUGUAUUUUUAUUGUCUAAGACUUUUUAACCUGUUUUGUAAUAUUAAACCCUUAAUAAUUUUAUAA